AUGCAAAACAAACUUUCGAAGCUUAGUAGGCAAGGGAGGAUUGUCAACCAUCAAAAAACCCUGCCUGAGCCCGAAUAUUCCCAGUUUGGGCCAGGGAAAUACCUAAAAAUUCUGCAGAAAAUAGAGCUUCCUAUCCCGACGGGACAGGCUGCCGGCUCCUCGUCCAAUAUGAAUGAUACUCCCGCUUCUAAGACUCUCCCGGCAUUUGCUGGGCAGGGACGGCGCACCAGCAUGAGACAGCCUCUUGGCCAAUAUGAAUUCCCAGGCAGCCUAGGUUAUCAAUUAUUUGACAGAUUGGAGGCUGAAAAGCCAAGGCAUCUUCUCCACCAAGUAUUCGAUACGAAUAUUAAGUGGCGGCGUUAUGAUUCCUCUCUGGGCGACCAGCCCACAAAUCAGUUGCAAGAGACCCCCACUAAGCCCCCGUACUGGUCACUGUCGCUGCAGUGCUGCACUUCAUCGGCGCCAUGCAACUUUUGCCCAAAGGUGGAGCGAACGUGA